GCCCAUGGGUGGGCAGGGUCUGCGGUUUGGCCGGUGGACGCACGGGGCGAAGACCAAAGUCUUGGUGGCCCUCCAGAGGCUGGGACACUGGGGCAGAAGUUCUGUUACGUUCUUCUCAGCCGGGCGUGACGAGGGCAGGAGGGUGGGAAUGGGAUACUCGGGAGUCCGGAGGCUGGGGUUUUAGUAAAGCUCCGUUUCGAGCACGCUGUGUGACCUCGGGCCACUCGCUGCCCCUCUCUGGACCUGUUUCGCCAUCUGAGCUUGCUCUUCAAUCCUGACCUUCCGAGUUUGUCGCGUGGGGGGUGCACUCCCUAUGACAGAGCCUUCCUUUGGGUGAGGUAUGGUAUAUGUUGGGGUCCUGUCAGUCCUCAGCCCCUGUGAUGAUAGUGCAGUGCGCAGGGCUUGAGUCUUGGGGAGCUCCGUUUACUCCGGGACUAGAGGCCAGGAUGAGGUUACAGGUUAUAAAGGGACUAGGUUUUUUCCCACCUAGCUGUUGAUGAAUAAUGCGCAGCACAGAAGGCCAGAGCCUCAGGGAUGAAAUUUGGGUGAGUCCGCUUUUCUGUCCAGCUCCAGGGUUUUCUGCAAGGGCUCCAGGUGCUUUUUUCCCCUGGGUGUGUCCGUGAGGCUCCAUUUAUGUGCACGCUUUGCAUGACCCUUAGUACCUAUUUGUACCUCUUUUCUCAGUCAUUUGCCAGCAAUGAAGAGGUUGUCAAGUAGAUGUGUAACGUGUGGGCCAGCACUCCACUUGCUCUUACAAGGCUUGGAAACUGUGAGGGACAGGGAGGAGUGGCAUGUUGCACAAGAGUUUGUAAAAUGAGAGGAAACGAGGUGGGCAGAAGACUUCCUCAGUGCUUACGUUUCCCCUUCAUUGCAGUCACCACAAGGUGCGAUUGAAGCGCCUGAUGGUGCUGAUAGUUUGCAUCUUCCUUGGGCUUAUCUCAGAGUUCACUAUCGCUUGAGUUUCCAUGACAUUCUGGGCUAUGGUGCUGGGACGGGUGAGAGUUUAAGACCACAUCAUCUCCUUGCCCCUUCACAAGAGACUGCCAGAAUCCAGAGAGUUGGCGGAGGACAAGCCCAAUGGCAGCAGAACGAGGUGGUUCUAACUUUGAUGGUUUGAGGCCAAAUGGGAAGGGACUGCCUAUGGACCAAAACUCCAGUGAUCAAGAUAAACCAGAAAGCUUGCAACCAAGACAGAAUAAAUCCAAGUCCCAAAUUACUGACAUGGUUCGGUCCUCCACUAUCACAGUCUCAGACAAGGCUCAUAUUUUAUCCAUGCAGAAGUUUGGACUGCGAGAUACUAUUGUAAAAUCACAUCUACUACAGAAAGAAGAGGAUUAUACCUACAUCCAGAACUUCAGGUUUUUUGUGGGAACAUACAAUGUUAAUGGACAGUCUCCCAAAGAAUGCCUUCGGCCCUGGCUGAGCGAAGGUAUCGAAGCCCCAGAUGUCUACUGUGUCGGGUUCCAAGAGCUUGAUCUGAGUAAGGAAGCUUUUUUCUUUCAUGAUACCCCAAAGGAGGAAGAGUGGUUUAAAGCUGUGUCAGAGGGACUUCAUCCAGAUGCCAAAUAUGCAAAGGUGAAGCUCAUCCGACUGGUUGGGAUCAUGCUGCUGUUAUAUGUCAAACAGGAGCAUGCAGCAUAUAUCUCAGAAGUGGAAGCUGAGACUGUGGGGACAGGAAUCAUGGGGAGGAUGGGCAACAAGGGAGGCGUGGCGAUCAGGUUCCAGUUCCACAACACCAGCAUCUGCGUUGUGAAUUCUCACUUGGCAGCACACACUGAAGAGAAUGCGAGGAGGAACCAGGACUAUAAGGACAUUUGUUCUCGAAUGCAGUUUUAUCAGCUUGACCCAAGCCUUCCCCCUCUCACCAUCAGCAAGCACGAUGUGAUCUUGUGGCUGGGGGACCUCAACUACAGGAUAGAAAACAUGGAUGUGGAAAAAGUGAAAAAGCUCAUCGAAGAGAAGGACUUUCAAACCCUAUAUGAAUAUGAUCAGCUGAAAAUUCAGGUGGACAAAAAGACUGUCUUUGAAGGCUUCACAGAGGGUGAGCUCACAUUCCAGCCUACUUAUAAAUACGAUACGGGCUCUGACGACUGGGAUACCAGUGAGAAGUGCCGUGCUCCUGCCUGGUGUGACCGGAUCCUCUGGAAAGGGAAGAACAUCACUCAGCUGAGUUACCAGAGCCACAUGGCCCUGAAGACCAGUGACCACAAGCCUGUACACUCACUGUUUGACAUUGGGGUGAGGGUCAUAAAUGAUGAGCUUUACCGGAAGACUCUGGAGGAAAUUGUUCGCUCCCUGGAUAAGAUGGAAAAUGCCAACAUUCCUUCUGUGUCCCUGUCCAAGCGAGAGUUCUGUUUUCAGAAUGUCAAGUACAUGCAAUUGCAAGUAGAAUCCUUUACAAUUCAUAAUGGACAAGUACCCUGUCAUUUUGAAUUCAUCAACAAGCCUGAUGAAGAGUCUUACUGUAAGCAGUGGCUAAAUGCCAACCCCAGCAGAGGCUUCCUCCUGCCAGAUUCUGACAUUGAGAUUGAAUUGGAGCUCUUCGUAAAUAAGACCACAGCUACAAAGCUCAACUCUGGCGAAGACAAAAUUGAGGACAUUCUGGUUUUGCACUUGGACAGGGGAAAGGAUUACUUUUUGCCUGUGUCUGGGAACUACCUGCCCAGCUGUUUCGGGUCUCCCAUUCAUACACUGUGUUACAUGAGAGAGCCAAUCUUAGACCUGCCACUUGAAACUAUUAGUAAGCUGACUCUGAUGCCAAUACAGACUGAAGGUAAUGGGAGCCAGUUGGAGAGACCCUUGGAAAUCCCCAAAGAGCUCUGGAUGAUGGUUGAUUACCUGUACCGAAAUGCUGUCCAGCAGGAAGAUCUGUUUCAGCAACCAGGCCUGAGGUCAGAAUUUGAACAUAUCAGGGACUACUUGGAUACUGGAAUGAUUGAUAACCUCUCUGCCAGCAAUCAUUCUGUAGCCGAAGCCCUGCUGCUUUUCCUGGAGAGCCUUCCAGAGCCUGUCAUCUGUUACAGCGCCUACCAUAACUGCUUGGAGUGUUCUGGCAACUACACAGCAAGCAAGCAGGUCAUUUCUACUCUCCCCACAUUCCACAACAAUGUCUUCAAAUACUUGAUGGCGUUUUUGCAAGAACUGCUGAAAAAUUCAGCAAAAAAUCAUUUGGAUGAGAAUAUUCUAGCUAGCAUAUUUGGUAGCUUAUUGCUUCGAAACCCAGCUGGUCACCAAAAGCUUGAUAUGAUGGAGAAGAAGAAGGCUCAAGAAUUUAUUCACCAGUUCCUCUGCAAUCCACUCUGAGCCUCUCUCUUCUAUUUUACUUGAGGCAGCGAACUACCAGCCCCACCUGUUUCAGCUCAAGAGCUGUCUUAAGAUAAUUAUGUGAGGCUACUUGGUAGCAAGAAUGGCAGCUGUUUCCUGAGCCUAGUGCCCCGACUAAGCCCACCAUUGGUUAGCCCACUCAGUGCUGUAAGUCAUGAAGACAUAGGAGAAAAUCCACCAUAAUAAAACUGACAUUCAAUUUUCAACUUUA